AUGGGUUUGCGAGACAUGAGGCAAAGAAAUCCAAGUAUAGAAAUCGAAUAUGAAAUUGAACCAGUGGUCAGAUUAAAAAGAAACGUAGGGAUUAUCAGCGCUAUAUCGUUCAUUGUGGGCACUAUCAUAGGGUCCGGGAUUUUCAUAUCUCCUAAAGGCGUCCUAACAGAGACUGGUUCGAUUGGUUUGAGCCUGACAGUAUGGGUUUCCAGCGGAAUCAUUAUGAUACUAGGUACCUUAUCGUAUGGAGAGCUAGGCACAAUGAUACCAAAGUCUGGUGGUGAGUAUCACUAUUUGAUGGAGGCCACUUUCCCUGUUGUUGCGUUCCUAUUCAGCUGGAAACGUACCAUUGUCUUGCAGCCUUCGGCAGUUUCUACCAAUUGUUUGACGUUUGCGUCCUAUAUGACAACAUUCUUUGACUACUGUGGCUCCCCAGAACUGCAUGAGAAGAUGAUUGCUAUUCUGACAAUAUGGCAGGUGUUUAUCCUUAUACCUAUCGUAUUUACAGCGUGUUCCCUGUUCCUUGUCAUAGCACCAUUCAUUCGGGAUCCUAGGCUUGAGUUUCUCUGGGCUUCCCUUUUCAUAGCCGGAGGAUUGUUAUUUUAUUUUCCAUUUGUUGUCUUCAAACUUGAUAAUGGUUGCUUGGAUAAAGUGACCAUGUUCCUUCAAUUAAUCUGUCAGGUUGCACCAAGUCCGUACACUGCGGAAGAUCAUCCUGGGAAAACAAAUAACGAACGUGAAAAAUGUGAAACAAAUGAAACUGCUGAAGACGAGAAUUAA